GGUGGAACACUGAGAAAAAAAGGAAAGUAGGAACAGAAGAAGGGAAAACUCUCAUGGUGGGCAUGAUUUGAAGUGGGAGCUGAAUUUGUUAAUAACCGGAUCACCGAGAUUUCCUGACAAUAUACUACAUCUGAUAAGCACCUACGGGACAUCUGCGAGUUCACUUGAUGAAAUCUGUGUGAAAAGUUGGACGUAGUCGACGCUUACUGAAGAGAUCUUUGGUCGUUGUGUUUUGCUUUUGAAAAUUGUUCCGGAGACCACUCAGCUUGCGCCGAGCUGGCGCUGACGGGAAACUUGGUAACGAUAUUCAAGACUACUUUGUGUCAAGUUUGUACCUUUUGGAUUUCGGCGACUCUGGGAGAAACUUUGUUUUCUAGUGUCGAUGCUACAGUGUCGUGCAACGUGAACAUGGUGGCUGGAAGUUGGUGGAAAAUGUUAAACUCAACGCGGUAUUUGCAUUUUCCACUUCUGACGAGACUGUUUAUGAAAUAACAACGAUUUAUUGACUUAUUCCGUUGUUAUAGCAUAAUAAACACUGAGAACAUUUAAACCGUUUCAACCAGCCUAACCAAGGCAUGCCGAAACUAAGCGUCUAACUUACAAGGAGACCCCCUUUUCAACCUUUUAAGGACAACUGCCUGCAAGUUGCAUUUAGUUUUGGCCGCUGGACAAGUUUCUUCUAUUGCCUUGUUAAUCGUGAUUCACCUUUGAUUUUUAGUUAGCCAUACAGAGCACGGGAAGACAAUUAGGCUAUCUUACGCUCAGCUCUUACAAGAAAUCAAAUGUAGCCUACACUGGAUCGCAACGCGCUCCUGUUAUCGAGUUUACUUGGUUAGUGUUCACAACACGAUGAGUGUAAAGUAACAUCUUUGAGAAGAUCAUCAGUAAUCUACAUCAGACUUCCAAUUUGUGGAUUUGAGGAGAACGAUCAAGCCACCGCGCGAUUAGGACUGGAUACAAAAUGGCGGCCUCCCUGGGUCAGAUCGGAUCUGUUUCAUAUUAUGCAUUUUAUUUAAUGUUGUCCCUGGAACUGGUACUAAAUUACGGAUUGAGCGCAGAUAUACCAUGUGCCCAAAACUGUACAUGCAACGGAGAUACUGUUGACUGUAGCAACUUGGAUUUGACGUAUAUUCCUCAGGACCUGCCAGCUGGGACUAUUUCUAUAAACCUGAGCCACAACAAGCUGACAGCAGUCGAUACGGAUAUCCUCUCCAGCUUCCCAAACCUGCGAGAAGUACGCUUGGACCACAAUGAGCUCACAACGAUCCCUUCCUUUGGGCCGGCCUCUCCCAAGAUCGCAGUCCUCUACCUGUAAGUAACACGCUAGAUCAUGCUAGACCAUCCGCAGAGACACAAGCAUAAUGCCUCUUGUAAAGUACUCCAGGAUUUAAAAAAAAAAACGAACAUAAAAAACCCUGAUGCUAUGCAUGAUGCAGAGGUGUGACCACUGAGGGCUUAGGUGGAGGAGAGUCCUUUUCUUGUGUUGUGGUUGUGGUUGCGCUGGGAAGCCCUGGGUGCUGAUUGAGGCCCCUUGAUGAGGAGGGAGCCCUCGUGUGUCCCUCACCCCAGGCCAGGGUUGUGAAACUCGGCCUGCAGGGAUCGCCUCGGCUGGCAUGCCACUGGAGAUUUACUGCCCUAUUUGGGGAAAGCACUCCUCUCUGUGUGUGUGUGUGUGUGUGUGUGUGUGUGCGUGCGCGCAUGUUUGUGAGUAUACCACAGCUGUGAGCCCUUUGCUCCCUGAAUAGCGACACACACACACA